GGGCCGGGGAUGGGAGUGUCCCGGCCCGGGCCGCACACACUCACUGCGGCUCCGCGCCCCUCACACUCCACGUCUGCUUCCGCUGCAGCUUGGAUCACUCACCGCGGCUCCCCAGGUCCACACCCGUCCAUCCAUCCGCUUACAGGCUUCACGUCCAGGCAGGAUGGCAGCACAGCACCCAGAGUUCGAACGGGCUGGACAAAGCCCAGGCCUCCAGGUGUGGAGGGUGGAGAGCUUUGACCUGGUGCCGGUUCCUGAGAACCUGUACGGGGGGUUUUACACCGGAGACGCCUACCUCGUCCUCAACACCAUCAAGCAGCGCUCCGGGAACCUGCAGUACGACCUCCACUUCUGGUUGGGGGAUUCCUGCAGCCAGGAUGAGAGGGGCUCCGCAGCCAUCUUUACAAUCCAAAUGGACGAUUUCCUUGGAGGGAAACCUAUCCAGUACCGCGAGGUGCAGGGACACGAGUCCAAAACCUUUCUCGGCUACUUCAAGUCUGGAAUCAAAUACAUGAAAGGAGGUGUGGCCUCUGGCUUCAAGCAUGUCGUCACCAAUGAGGUGACUGUACAGCGGGUGCUCCAGGUUAAAGGUCGUCGUGUCGUCAGGGCAACCGAGGUGGCAGUCAGCUGGGACAGCUUCAACACAGGGGACUGCUUUAUCCUGGACCUGGGCAAUGAGAUCUAUCAGUGGUGUGGCUCUCAGAGCAACCGCUUUGAGAAGCUGAAAGCUACCACGGUUGCCAAGGGUAUCCGUGACAACGAACGCAGCGGCAGGGCCCGAGUGUACGUGUGCGAUGAGGGAAUGGAGAGAGAGAAGAUGGUGGAGGUUUUAGGUCCCAAACCAGACCUGCCUGCCGGGGCCUCUGAUGACAUCAAAGCUGAUGCUUCCAACAGGAUGAGGGCCAAACUCUACAAGGUGUCCAAUGCCAGCGGGGACAUGACCAUCACUCUGGUAGCAGCAGAAAACCCAUUCUCCCAGAGCGCCUUGGAGUCUGGUGACUGUUUUAUUCUGGAUCACGGGGCAAAUGGCAAGAUCUUUGUCUGGAAAGGGAAAGAUGCCAACAUGGACGAGCGAAAGGAAGCGUUGAAGGCGGCAGAUGAGUUCAUCAAGAAGAUGGGUUACCCCAAACACACGCAGGUGCAGAUCCUGCCAGAGAUGGGCGAGACCCCGCUCUUCAAGCAGUUCUUCAAGAACUGGAGGGACAGAGAUCAGACCGAGGGCCUGGGAGUGGCGUACAUCGCCAACAGCAUCGCCAAGAUCGAGAAGGUGCCUUUCGACGCCGCCACCCUUCACGAGUCGGCUGCCAUGGCCGCCCAGCACGGCAUGGUGGACGACGGCAGUGGAGAGAAACAGAUCUGGCGUAUUGAGGGGUCCGACAAGGUCCCUGUAGACCCGUCCACACAUGGACAGUUCUAUGGAGGAGACAGCUACAUCAUUCUGUAUAACUACAGUCAUGGAGGACGUCAGGGACACAUCAUCUACAUGUGGCAGGGGACGGACUCCAGUCAGGAUGAAAUCGGGGCUUCUGCGAUCCUCGGCGCUCAGCUGGAUGAAGAGCUGGGCGGUGGUCCUGUGCAGGUUGUUGGUGCUCCUAUAACCACCCAGGUGAGGGCUGUGCAAGGGAAAGAGCCGGCCCAUCUGAUGAGUCUGUUUGGAGGACAGCCCAUGGUGGUGUACAAGGGAGGCACGUCCAGGGACGGAGGUCAGUCUGCUGCUGGAGAUAUCCGCCUGUUCCAGGUGCGCUCCAACUCUGCAGGACACACCAGAGCGGUGGAGCUUGAUGCAGCCGCAUCCAACCUCAACUCCAAUGAUGCUUUUGUCCUCGUAACUCCUGACGGCUCCUUCCUGUGGGGGGGAGUGGGCGCCAGCGACACAGAGAAACAGGGAGCUCAGCAGCUGUGUGACAUACUGGGCGUGUCGGCGUCCGAGCUGUCUGAGGGAGGAGAGACCGAUCAGUUCUGGGAGGCUCUGGGAGGAAAGUCAGAAUACCGCACGUCCAGCAGACUCAAGGACAAGAUGGACGCCCACCCACCCCGACUCUUUGCCUGCUCCAACAAGACUGGAAACUUUAUUAUUGAAGAGGUACCUGGGGAGAUAACCCAAGAUGACCUUGCCACUGAUGACGUCAUGAUCCUUGACACGUGGGACCAGGUAUUUGUCUGGAUUGGAAAUGAAGCCCAGGAGGAAGAGAAGACUGAAUCCAUGACCUCCGCUGUCCGUUACAUCGAGACGGACCCGGCUAAACGGGACCCAAGAACCCCUAUUGUCAAAAUGAAGCAGGGCUUCGAGCCGCCCACGUUCACCGGCUGGUUCCUGGGCUGGGACCACGAGUACUGGACCAGCGACCCGCUGGAGCGGGCCAUGGCAGAACUGGCUCUGUGAGCGCUCACCACAACUCCACGUCUGCCUAGGGCUUCAUUCCUUCUGCUUUCCUGCAGGCACUGAGCUUCAAACAGACUUGUUUUGUUUUUAGAUGCCGGUCGACCCUUUGAGCAAGUUUUUUUUUUGUUUUUUUGUUUGUUUUUGAGGCAGUGUUUUAAUGUUAAAUGCCAUGUUGGUGCCUUUACACUUAUCAGGAAACCAACCAGUGGAAACUGCGCUUUGACGUACCAACAAGGUGUUUUUUUGGCUUUUACACUAUAGUCUUCAUUUAUAAGCAAAGACAAUUAAAUCCAAGAACUCGUGAAAUGAAACAAAGCUAAAGAAAAACAGUUAAAGCUUGGUGUGCUGCACGAUUGUAAAAGUCACUGCCAAGGAACAACAGGGACGAUGCCUUAAUAUCAUUUCUCCCACUUUACUGUACGCCAGCUUGUUAUUUUUCUACGGUACUGCUCCAGUCAAAAGGAUAGAUUUAUAGAUUUUUUUUUUGCUUUUAUUCUAGAGAUUAUUUGUAUAUUUAUUUUCAAAAAUGCCACACAAAAAAAACAACCUUUGCUGUUCUGCUGCAACUUAAUUUUCAAUGGAAAACAGAUAUUACACCACUCUGAAAACCAGUUACUUCCUGUUUAACUCUUAUUUUAAAUAAACCAAAUUAAACAUG